AUGCAAAGGAAACCAUUGGCUUACGAUAGCUUGAAGACAGUCAUUCAACACAUGGGACCAGAAAUAAGAUUCGAGUUAACAAGAUGUGUACCACAAAUCAGACUCACCGAGGCCGUUGUCCCACUGAAAAUCCACUUUCUCGAGUUAGGAAUGAACUCUACUAAAAUAAAUGGCACAACUUAUGAAAUGAGGACAUAUCACGAAUACGAUCAAGGAGCUACAGUACCCAAGUAUAUUCGAAAUCGUAAUAAAAAUGGUGGAUUGAGAGUGGACUAUGACCAGUUUGGACACAGAGAUGACUCGUUUCGCAAUGUACUCACUACCGGUGAUCUAGAUUUUCGAGAUGGGAGAGAACUACCAGCAGAAGGAAGGAUGAGAGAAGUUGUAGUAAAUGGACUGGAGGUUUUAUCUGAAAUAAUGAAGAAAAGCAUCGAAAGACGAGAAAAUCAAGUGGAGAGAUCAGAAGAGGACAACCGACAAAUUGAAGAACUUUUAAAUAGUUGUACACAUGUUCGCGCCGCCAAUGACAAAGAGAUCAGAGCGCUUCUCUUCAUACGGGAAGUAAAAACUCUUUUUAGCCUUUCUUUUGAGUCUUUGCGGAUGGCAUUGGACGAAGUUACGUCCCUCAUGCAACCAUACAUUUUUGAACGACAUAAUCAGCCAACGCCGUGGAGGAAUGUGAUCCGAUUGUCCAUUACUUCAAAAAACAAAAAUCAGAAGAUUCAUCAACUGCCUUUCAACUGUAGACUUCAUGAAGCUGUGAAGAUUCUGAACAAACUUCUGGUUUGUAGAGGAAAUCCAUUGGUGAAUGUGAAUACCUUGAAUAUCUCCAACUCUUACUAUAUUCUAAGAAUGCCUGUGAAUUUCAAGCUGAAAAUCAAAAAUUUGGAUGGAGAAGUAAGAAAUUCCUUCUACGAAGCGCUAAGCGGUAUCAUCCAUGAAUCAAGCUACCCACUGAAUCGUGUCUAUGUGAACUGCAUUUCUGAUAGCGUCAAUGUUCUCGACCAUCCCCUUAUUAGAGACGCUAAAACUCUAAACGUUACUGCCGUGACCCUGCCGAGACAACAACGACUCCCUCUUCUUCUCAAGAUGCAAAACCCAACAAUUUUGGUAGAUUCUCUUGGAUUUCUAGAAACAAAUGGUAUGAUUGCAUUGAUUAGAAAUUUGAAGGAAAGUUCCCGACCCAUCGGACACAAAAUCCGACUCAACACCCUUGGAUUCAACACAGCGUUUGAAACUUUGAAAGAAAUUGCAAACCAAUUUAAUGGGACUCGCAUUCGGGGCAGAAAAAUCAAAAUUCCUAUAAAUGACGCCUCAACUCUUCAAGUAUCAUACCUUCCUAAACACAUUGACUCUGGCAAUGAAGAUUUCUAUUUGGAAAUUGUCGUCGUGAGUGAUAAUAAUUAA